CACUCUCCUCCCAGACUCAAGUCUUCGUUUACAGAGAGAGCUCUCAUGGCCACCACUGAGGUAUUCAACGACCCACCGGCACCGGCGAAUCCAGCUCCUCCGGCUCUCCCAGACUACCCUAAGAUGAUUAUGGAGGCGAUUGAGGGGCUGAAUGAGACCGGAGGCUCGAACAAGACCUCAAUCGCGCAGCAAAUCGAGUCCACUCACACCACCGAUCUGCCGCCGGCUCACGCCACGCUUCUAGCGCAGCACCUGGAGAAGAUGAAGCAGAGCGGCGAGCUCGCUUUUGUGAAGAACAACUACAUGAAGCCUGACCCCAACGCGCCGCCCAAGCGCGGCCGUGGCCGUCCUCCUAAGCCGAAGGUCCCGGGGGCUGAAGGAGCUGCUGCGGUGGUUUCCUCGCCUCCGAGGCCACGUGGCAGGCCUCCCAAGGCUAAGGAUCCGUUUUUCCCGACUCCGAUUGUCCAGAGCUCGACCUCGGGAGGAGGGUCAGGCCGGCCACGUGGCCGUCCUCCGAAGAAGGCCAAGACUGCUCCGACCUCGACUCCGGCUGCUGCUCCGGCGAGUGGUGCUCCUAGAGGGAGAGGCAGGCCACCGAAAGUGAAGCCCUCCGUGGCUCCGGUGGGUUGCUGAGCUCACAGUGAGAGGGAAAGUCGUUUAGGUUUUUUUAUUUUUAUUUUUUUAAUUUGGGUUAAUUUUAGGGUGUGUUGGAAUUUAGUGUUGGGCUAAUUGAUGGUUUAGCUUUCAUUAUCGCAGUGUUUGUUUAAUUUUCAUGUGUUGUGUUAUGUGGUGGUG